AUGGGGAACUGCAUCAGGCACGAGUCUCCGAUGCAAUGGGGCGGCGACGACUGGGAGGACGGGCUGUCCUCCUCGCCUGAGAGCGGCGCAGAUCCUGCGGUGGCUGCGGACCUGGAGGAGACAGAGGAUCUCCUCGAGAAGAGCAGGCAGCGCUGGUCGGGCAAUGCCGCGGCGACGCCGGCGGUGGCGGCAGCGAGGGUGGAGGUGAAGAUAAGGAUAACGAAGAGGCAGUUGGAGGAGUUGCUGGGGAAGCCGGACACGAAGGAGGAGAAGACCGUAGAGCGACUGGUUUCGCAGCUGAUGGCGAUAAGCGCGAGUGACAGGUUCGAGACGGGGCAGAGGUCGUGGAGGCCCGCGUUGAAGAGCAUCCCUGAGGUCAAUUAG